AGUGAUUGAGCUACCGAGACUCCGCGCGAGAGAGAGAGAGAGAGAGAGAGAGAGAGAGAGAGAGAGAGAGAGAUCCGAGAGAAGGGGAUAUAUAUAUAUGGAGUGGAGAAAGAGCUACUUGGAUUUGAUUCUUGUGCCCUUGGCGCUCUUCUUCCCCAUGCUCUACCAUGUUUGGCUUUGGCGAAAGGUCCGAUCGCGGCCCCACGAGACCAUCAUCGGUAUCAACUCCGCCGGCCGCCGCCUCUGGGUCGUCGCCAUGAUCAAGGACAACGAGAAGAAGAACAUAUUGGCGGUGCAGUCGAUCCGGAACGCGCUGAUGGGGUCGACGCUGAUGGGCACGACGUCGAUCCUGCUGUGCUCCGGCCUGGCUGCCGUGAUCAGCAGCACGUACAGCGUCAAGAAGCCGCUGUUCAACGACACCGUGUUCGGCGCCCACGGCGAGUUCAUGAUCUCCCUCAAAUACGUCACCCUCCUCCUCUUCUUCCUCUUCGCCUUCCUCUGCUACUCCCUCUCCAUCCGCUUCCUCAACCAGGUCAACUUCCUCAUCAACGUCACCGCCAGCGCGCUCUCCGGCCUCGACGCGCCUGCCGGGCUGUCGCAGGACUACGUCUGCGACCUGCUGGAGAAGGGAUUCGCUCUCAACACCGUGGGCAACCGGCUGUUCUACGCUGCGCUGCCGCUGCUGCUGUGGAUCUUCGGGCCGGUUUUGGCGUUCUUGUGCUCUCUCAUCAUGGUGCCGAUUCUGUAUAAUCUUGACGUCGUGUGCGUGGGAGGGAAGGGUGGUUCCAACCCUGUUGGGAAAGCGGAGAAGACGAUGCCGGUGUAACCACAAUACUAGUAAUAAUCACAUUAAUUAAUGGCGGGGUUCUUCUUGGGCCGAUCUGGGCCGGACUGGGCCAAUCAUCCAUCCACCGUGAUUGAUUGUCAGGGGACAAGUGUUCCACUUGGUCAUGGUCAUGUGCCUUUUAUUGUUAUGUAUUGAACUAAUUAAUUUUAAUUGCAUUAUCUAUUUGUGCUAUC